UUGUAAAGAUGUCUUUCCUGUCUUAUGAUUGCAGUCAUUGCUUUACACUAGCAGGAAAACCCGUCUUUUUUUCUCACCGCGGCCACCCUAGCCUCAGUAUGGUAGAACGUCCUCUGCUGGCACCUGGAGGGCCAGCCCUGCUGCCCAGCUGCCGCGGAUGGUGAUUUGGAGGGUCUAUUACACCUUGUGCGUCAUUCCCUGCCUGUGGUGGAUUUUUAUCAACAGGGACAGGAAGAAAGAAUGAAGUUCCUUUGACUUUGAAAGUGACCUAAGAACCAGAUCAGUGCUGGGAAUAAUUUUUAUUUCUCUAUAAUAUUGUCAGAGGAGCUUAAAACAUGCAAUGAGAAUAAUCCUAAUUUUAUUUAGGAAUGACUCUUCAUUGUGUUCAUGGAGAUAAUGUAGAAAUGCAAACACUAGACCUCAAUUUUUUAAGCGAAGACCUAUUUUUUAAGGACCCCCCCCCCAACACUAGUUGACAGGGAGGUUGGGAAUCUGAAGUUAGGUACGGGCAAGGUUGGUACAGCCUUUUAAAUGCAGGGGCCCUGUGCACAGCCAUUGCAUGUUUGUGGUGCUUUGUGCAGACCUUCGAUCUCUGUAGCAUAAUACUGCGGAAUCUUCUUCCUGCAGGUUUGGAGAGGUGGCAAGGGGAUCUAGCCGAGGAGAAAGAAGGAAACACGACAGUGAUUUAACUCCUUCCCCUACGCCCACCUCAGCAGCCCAAUCCGAUCCAUUGGUGGCUGCACCUCGGCUUGGGUGCAGUGGGACGUGUCCCUUCCAUGUUUCCCUUAAUUAGGAGGAGGAAAACUGUCAUCCCCUCCCGCCGGCUUCGGUUUAGUAAUCAGACCCACAUGAGUCACGCCAAACACGCAGCCCCCUCCCGCCUGAGUGACAACUGGCCAGCGUACUCUCAGCUGAUGUCCCUUUAAAACUCGAAUCCAAGGGGGUAAUGAUUUAUCAAACUUGUAUUAUCAAGAAAAUGUCAAACGAAGGGCACCUUGCUUUGCACUGACGCAAACCCGGCCUUUCCCAAGGAGAUAUAGAAAGCGCCUCUCUUGCUGGAGCCAAACCCAGUCUUGUCAAUAGCUGGUCUCACUCGCUACUCAUUGACUCUGUUGCCCGUUUCAGACAUGGUGAGUGUUUGCUUUUGUUCUUUUAAGAGGAGAGGGGGCUGUGAGGGUAGGAAGGGCAGAUUCGUUUUGGAUAUUUCUUUGUGAAAUGUUCUAUAUAUUCUGAAAGUCAAAGGGAAGACAACCAUAGGUACAUUAUAGUUGUGAGCAUCACCUGGGGGUGGGAAAGAGGUUUCUGAGGCGCUGGAGCUAAGAGGUUGGAAGUGUCUCCCAAUCCCGCUAUUCUGGGAACUGUCCUUGGUGCUGAAAAGCCAAGUGCCAAUACUGAAGAGAGCCACGGAGUACUAGAGGCUACUGAGAUAAGAAUGCUGGCUGGAGCUGAGAUACUUAAUUUGGUGCAAAUUAAAGAGUUCUGACCUGUACAUUUGUGCAAGAAGGUAUGGCUGAGGUGAAGGUAAUAUGAUUAUUCUUACAGUAUAAUAGUAAUUGGUGGUACUAAUAUUUAUGAAGCCCUGAAAGAUAACAUGAAGAGAGCAAGUGAAUGAAAAAAAUAUAUAUUGCUGGCAGUUAUUUUCAUUCUCAAUUGGGAGAAAGCAAGUGAAAAUUAGUAGUCCUGAGUUUCAGUUCCUAAGCCAGUAUAGGGGGAUGGGUAUUAAAUUCUUGUGAAUAGCUAUUCUUGGGGAGUGGGGAGGACCAAAAAUCUUCUCAGGUUCUUUUGCGUAUCUAGGAAUCUGGAAGUGAAUGUAGGCUGUGUUGUGUUUUAAAUCUGGCUUAUUGUUGUUCUUGCGGGGUUGUUGUUACUGUUUGGUCGUUUUCCUUAUCCUUGCCUUUACUACCUGGCAGGUGUGGGUAGUUUUUGGAUCGCUGGGAUUCACAUAACAGAUUUGGGCUCAGACACUUGCAGGUGCCAGGGCAUCAGCUUUUGUGGCCACAGCUUGUCUAUCGCUUAUUAAAAAAAAAAAAAAAAAGGCAGCAAAUGUGCAUUGUUGAAUGACAAAGGAAAUGGGGCGGAAAAUUAAAGAAUCUUUCUACAAUGGUGAUGGGGACCGUGGGCACCCAAAGCCAUGAUGUGAAAUCCAAAGAAGGCGAGGAGCUCAUGGCUGUAGGGCUAUUUCCACCCUCCUCUUCUCCCCCUUCCAAAAAACACUUCUGCAUCUUUUUUUAGUUCACCUUCUAUCAGGGAGGAGAAUAUUAGCUUCCUUAUGUCAUCUAGUUAUUGGGGAGACAGAUGGAGAAAUACUGAUUACAGUUUUUCUUGGAGAAGGAAAAAAAAAAAUCCAGAUUCCAAUUUGUUCCCUGGAUCUUCUGUCUGGAUCUGAGUAGUGAACGUCUCUGUAUGUGGAUACAGGUAUUUUUUAAGGCUGCCGUGACUUGUUUUGCACGAACUUCACGUUGUGUUCGCAGGAUUGCAGUGCUCCCAAGGAAAUGAAUAAACAACCAGCCAACAGCCUGGAGGCGGCGGUGCCCCCGGGCCACCACGAUGGCCCGUGCGCACCCAGGACGAGCCCGGAGCAGGAGCUUCCCGCGGCCAUCGCCGCGGCACCGCCGCGUGUGCCCAGGUCCGCUUCCACCGGCGCACAAACUUUCCAUGCCCCCGACGCGCGAGCCUGCGAGGCCGAGCGGCCUGGAGGAGCGGGGGCUUGCAAACUGAGUAGCCCGCGGGCGCCGGCGGCCUCGGCGGCUCUGCGGGACUGGAGCGAGGCGCACGGUGCGCAGACCGCCCCUCCUUCAGGGGGAGCUGGGCCCGGCAACGCUCUGCCUUGUAAGAUUCCGGCCCUGCGGGGCCUGGAGGGGGAUGCGAAUGUGAGUGUGGGGAAGGGCACCCUGGAGCGGAACAAUACCCCGGCCGUAGGCUGGGUGAAUAUGAGCCAGAGCACCGUGGUGCUGGGCACGGAUGGAAUCACGUCCGUGCUCCCGGGCAGCGUGGCCACCGCUGCCACCCAGGAGGACGAGCAAGGGGAUGAGAAUAAGGCCCGAGGGAACUGGUCCAGCAAACUGGACUUCAUCCUGUCCAUGGUGGGGUACGCAGUGGGGCUGGGCAAUGUCUGGAGGUUUCCCUACCUGGCCUUCCAGAACGGGGGAGGUGCUUUCCUCAUCCCUUACCUGAUGAUGCUGGCUCUGGCAGGGUUGCCCAUCUUCUUCCUAGAGGUGUCCCUGGGCCAGUUUGCCAGCCAGGGGCCGGUGUCUGUGUGGAAGGCCAUCCCAGCCCUGCAAGGCUGUGGCAUCGCAAUGCUGAUCAUCUCCGUCCUAAUAGCCAUAUACUACAAUGUGAUUAUUUGCUACACUCUUUUCUACCUGUUUGCCUCCUUUGUGUCUGUGCUGCCCUGGGGCUCCUGCAACAACCCUUGGAACACGCCAGAAUGCAAAGACAAAACCAAACUUUUAUUAGAUUCCUGUGUGAUCAAUGACCAUCCCAAAAUACAGAUCAAGAACUCGACUUUCUGCAUGACCGCCUAUCCCAACUUGACAAUGGUUAACUUCACCAGCCAGGCCAAUAAGACGUUCGUCAGUGGGAGUGAAGAGUAUUUCAAGUACUUUGUGCUGAAGAUUUCUGCAGGGAUUGAGUAUCCUGGUGAGAUCAGGUGGCCACUAGCCUUCUGCCUCUUCCUGGCUUGGGUGAUUGUGUAUGCCUCCUUGGCAAAAGGAAUCAAGACUUCAGGAAAAGUGGUAUACUUCACGGCCACGUUCCCGUACGUCGUGCUCGUGAUCCUUCUCAUCAGAGGCGUCACCCUUCCUGGAGCCGGCGCUGGGAUUUGGUACUUCAUCACGCCGAAGUGGGAGAAACUCACAGACGCCACGGUGUGGAAAGACGCUGCCACUCAGAUUUUCUUCUCUUUAUCUGCUGCAUGGGGAGGCCUGAUCACUCUCUCUUCUUACAACAAAUUCCACAACAACUGCUACAGGGACACGCUAAUUGUCACCUGCACCAACAGCGCCACGAGCAUCUUUGCCGGCUUCGUCAUCUUCUCAGUCAUCGGCUUCAUGGCCAACGAACGCAAGGUGAACAUCGAGAAUGUGGCCGACCAAGGGCCAGGUAUUGCAUUCGUGGUUUACCCAGAGGCCUUAACCAGGUUGCCCCUGUCUCCCUUCUGGGCCAUCAUCUUCUUCCUGAUGCUCCUCACUCUUGGACUUGACACUAUGUUUGCCACCAUCGAGACCAUAGUGACCUCCAUCUCGGACGAGUUCCCCAAGUACCUGCGCACUCACAAACCGGUCUUCACAUUGGGCUGCUGUGUUUGUUUCUUCAUCAUGGGCUUCCCAAUGAUCACUCAGGGUGGAAUUUACAUGUUUCAGCUUGUGGACACGUACGCUGCCUCCUAUGCCCUCGUCAUCAUCGCCAUCUUUGAGCUCGUGGGGAUCUCCUAUGUGUAUGGCUUGCAAAGGUUCUGUGAAGAUAUCGAGAUGAUGAUUGGAUUCCAGCCAAACAUUUUCUGGAAAGUCUGCUGGGCCUUCGUGACUCCUACCAUUUUAACUUUUAUCCUUUGCUUCAGCUUCUACCAGUGGGAGCCCAUGACCUAUGGCUCUUAUCGCUACCCUAACUGGUCCAUGGUGCUCGGAUGGCUCAUGCUUGCCUGCUCCGUUAUCUGGAUCCCGAUUAUGUUUGUGAUAAAAAUGCAUCUGGCUCCUGGCAGAUUUAUUGAGAGGCUGAAGUUGGUGUGCUCACCGCAGCCGGACUGGGGUCCCUUCUUAGCUCAGCACCGUGGGGAGCGUUACAAGAACAUGAUCGACCCCUUGGGGACCUCUUCGCUGGGACUCAAACUGCCAGUGAAGGAUUUGGAACUAGGCACCCAGUGCUAGUCUGAUGGCAUGGGAUGGCCCAGACUUGAUUCUCUUUCUCCUCUCUGCCUUUCCCGGAUGCUUUCCCCAGCUGUUUUCCCAUUUUUCGUCUUCCUUCUCCCCACGUCUCGGUUCAUACCCAUGCAUGAGAGCGAUGACUUAGAAAAGUAGGACAUAGUGUUGCAUGCUGCAGCCAAGAGCUGGACGGAGCUUGGUUUGCCCGUGUCCACGCUGUCAGCUUCCAGUGGGGUUUACCUUACAGGCUCGAAUCCACGAGGGGAGCGCCUCCCAGUGAAGUCACGUGUAGAUGUUCAUGAGUUGGUCAGUAGAGAAGCAUCCCCUGUGAUUGUCACCAGUGGGGCCAGUCAGGCUGAUGCAGGAUAACCAUACGGUUGGUUUGGACUCAUCUGAGCCAUGUCCUGGUUUCGUUCAGACCCACAAAGUUCAGGACAGGGUAUCUUUGGAGGGUUGGCAAUGGUCAGAAAAUGUUUGCAAGUAAGAUGAGGCUGAUGGAUUCAGACACCCCCAAGGUGAUGAAGUUCCCAUUUCCAUUCAUGACUGGGGCUCUGUUUCCAUCAUUUGGACCAACUAUCUCAAGUAUGCCAAGGACUCACAUGCUUUCUCUCUGCAAGCUGAGAACCUCCAUGAAGAGUCGGCUCUAUUCCCUCAGUUGGUUUUCUUUUUAAUGACCAUAGUUGUGAAUUCUUUGGGCCCUUUCCUCUACCUCUGCUUCAUAUUAUUUGUGCCCGAUAUCAUACAUUCAUACCAGAGUGCCCUUCUGGUUUCUCCAUAUGCCGAGCACAGUGGUCCAGUGUCACAUCCCAUAUGUCUUCUCUUCCAGAUGUCUUUCUACGAGCUGUAGUUACCUUGUCUCUCAGCCUCUGGGAAACUGAGACUUGCCCUGGUUCUGUCUAUGUGUUAUAUAUAUCAGACACAAACUCUCUAAAGACAGAUAAUAUCUCAGUUUUUACUCUUUACUUUUUCAUGCACAGUCAAUACCAAUUGUAGCCAUUGAAUCAAAUAAGUAGAGAGUUGAAGAGAAAGCAACCAUAAUACUCACUGCACUUUUUAGGUCACUGCAGGUACAGAAGUUUCUGAUACAUGCAGGUUAGGUAAGUAGCAAGUGAGCCAAUUAGAGCUAUUGAUUUUAAGACUACACUUAGCUGAUACCAUUUGAGGAGUUCCCAAUUCACAGUACUCAUAAUCACACUCUAAUGAGAGCGGAUCAUAUGUCUACAGAGAUUGGCGAAGCUGUAGCCUCUAUUAUCUUCUUGUAUCCUGAACAUGCAUAUAUGACAUUUUUAAAAUGUGAUAAGUGUUCACGUAGUGUGUACUUGUAAUGGUGUUUUCUGUCCUUAUAAAUAUCUCAUGAAUCACUGUAGAGAUGGUGAGUAUAGUGUAGUAUAGUCUUUUUUUUCCCCCCUUCUAGUAAUAAUGUCUAAACUUUAAAUUGUUUCCUUAGGGGAGACUAUUGCAAUCAUUUUCUUAUUUGUUUGUCUUCAUAUUACAGGGUCUCAGGCAAAGUUUUCAGUUCAAAUCUUGUAUAUUGAUGUGACAUUUUCAUCCUUUUCAACAGUAACGAAACCCAACAACAGACCUUAAAGUAAUACUUUAAAAAAAAAUAACUUCAUUUCUUAAAGAAAAAAAAAAAAACUCAGCUCAUCUUACUGAGCUCUUUCUUUUCUGGGGCAGAUAUCAUUGUCAUUUGCCAUAUGAACUUCAGGUUUUGAAGAGUAGUCUGUGGAAACUUUCAAAAAAGGAAAUGGGGAUGGGUUUCGAACUCUAGGUUUUUCAUCGCUUCUGUUUUCAAGGCGUGUUUGUUCUUCCUCCUCCUGUUCCCUUUUUCUGCUUACUUACCUCCCAAAGCUAGAACUUUUUGGACUCCAUCACAGAGACUAAACCUUAAGCUUCCCUUAGACUUAGCUUUAGGAAACUGAGCCGUGACCUUCCCGUCUCAGUGUUUCCAUAGUGACCUGUCCAGCGUUAACAUUGGUUUCCUUGAGAAAGCCAUAUUGAAAAGGAGUCCCAAGGGCUCUAGCAGAUCCUGCACGGUGGUACCGAAAAUUAGCCCCUCCCCUUGGUAUCCGACGGGGUGGGAGAGGAAGAGAGGACUAGCUUUGGUUUGGAAAGGAUCUGCAGCCUUUCCAAUUUGAACAUUGAAGAAAAUCACUGAAAUCAAUUAGCAUCCUCCUGUGGGAACGAUGGGUUUGCGUCAGGAUGCGUGGUUUCUGGCUUUCCUCUCUUGCCUCUUGGCUAAAGUUUGAGUCGGAUGCUGGAUGCCAACCCAAUUUCUGUUAAUUAUUGCUGUUGUGAUUAAAGAGGGGGUGAGGUAAACUCAUGGAUGCUGCCAGAUUUGUUUUGUACACACCACAAGUUCGAUUCAUUGUGAGAAUGGGCACAGCCUCAUUAACUAGUGCGUUUUGCACUUGGGGCAGGACAAAUUCAUUACAAUUUGUCCAGUAAAGACCCAGGGGCUGUUCCCUGAGCAACUGGGUUUUUGUGUGUGUGUCUAUCUGUGUUUUUAACUUUUUUCCUACCGUGUCCAAGUUCAUGUACAGUGUCCUUGAAGGUGGAAGGUUCUAAGCUUACCUGGGAAUGGUUACCUUGUGAUUUUAGUUUUGUCUCUUUCUACAGUCGUGUUUAACUUUCGAGGCUUUCCUUGCCAGAGCCGUGUUCGGUAUCUGAGUUGUCUCCACUCAUGGCCAGUCUGCUCCUGCGGUACCUCCCCUGGACUUGGCUGGGACGCUGAGAUGCAUAUGAUCAGGUGGAUGUUUCCAUGCUACUGAAAUGCACAGUAGGAAGGAAGAAAAUGAAUAAAAAUGAAAUGAACAGCAUUGUCAUAAAGCGCCACUUGAGAGUUCCCCUUCAAAUGGAGGCAAAAACUGAGUUGCUGAGGAGAGGCUUGUGUUGGCUCACUGUGCAGAAUGGUGGGGUGUUUUCUACUUGUGAAAUUGUUUCCUAAUACCAACAAAUGCCAGAAACCCAUUCGGAGAAAAAAAAAGCCAUAUGUUAAAAACAGUAACCCUGUAAUAUCCUUAAAGGAGAAAAAUAUGUGUAUGUCUUUAACAAUUGGUGUUGUGACUUCUUAUGCAUUUAUUUGUCUUGUGUAUUAGUAACUUUUAAUCUCCUUAAGGCUGUGUGUUUGUCAUGUACAAAUGUGUCUAGUCUGGUCUUUUUUCUCUUUCUCUCUUAUAUUUAUUUAUUGCAUGAAAUCUGUGGUCAAUGCAAAAUCUCGAUGACCUCAACGUCUUUGAAAUUUCCACUGUGUCUUUAAUAGGUCAGAAAUGGAGUCAACUUGUAUUUCAGUGAGCGGCACUUUAAAAGGACAUUGAACACAAUGACCCGGAAGUGGAUAAGACUUGGGUUGUCUUUGCUAAGGUUGCACUGGAGUUGAGUUUUCCUUUAAGUUCUAAUUCUGUUAUCUCUAUGUGCCUCGUGCUUCUGAUAAACUUGACCUGUCAGCAUGGUUUUCCCAUGCCUAAAACUAAGGUUUUUUUCUUUUCUCUUUGUUCCCUUUACCGUUGGUCAUCGUUCUUUUCACCAGAGACUUGCACAAUAAUUAUUGCUUCAUGUAAAUGUGAUGGCAAGAUCCUGCUGCUGCUACCUGGAUCUGGGUCUGUGACACACUUCUGCAGGCUGGGUGGUAGGUCCUCUUGCAGAGAGAACAGGCCAAGGCCAGCGAAUGCGUGUCACCUCUGUUUCCUCCUGGGUAUUGUGUAGGAAACCUCCAGGCUGGGAGCACAGGUUUGGAUGAUCAAAUCUUAAUGGUGAUUUCUCUGCAAAGUGGUCUGAGGAUUUGCAAAAGUAAAGCUAUCGUUCCUGGAUUUUGCUUCAACUGUACAGAAAGGCCAAGUGAUUUUGCAUUGUGGUCUCUGCUUUGGUCACCGCUGAGCAGCCUGCAGCCAAAGAGAAAGUGUUCUCAGAUUGGGUAUUCAUCACCCUCAAGAGGGAGCAGUGGCUUGAUUUGCUUGCCAGGGCUUAAAUACAUCUUCAGGUAACCAUUUGCCUUAUAGGUGUAUUUUAUUGUUAGGAUGAUACUUAGUAACUGACUAAGAACUGUUUUGUGUCUCAUUUUUUGGGUCUUUUUUUUGCACUUUAUAUGGACCUAUCAUGGGGUAGGUUUAUUCUUUAACUGCGUACUUGGCUAUUGUCCUUAAUGCAGGCAUCUUAUGUGGUCCUGUCACCUAUGAAUAAAGAUAUGUUCCCUAAUCAGGUCCUUAUAUUUUUUCAUUAACUGUACAUGAAGAAAAUAUAUUACAUUAUAAAUGAUGCAUCAUAUAUAUAUAUAUCUUAUAGAGUACAUAUUAUAUACUGUGCAUUAUUCAUUUAAGAAGUCAUUAUUCUUGAGGCCCUACCUCAAAUUUUGUAUUUAUGUGUACAAAUGCAAUUUAUGGUAUUAUAUAUUUGCCUAUUAUAUACUGAUAUAAAUUAGAAUUUAUCCUAAUAAUGUAUGAGUUGACAAACCCCUAAAUAAAUGUCAGUGUUUAAAAACCUGA